AUGCAGUGUUCAAGCAGUUUCGCAAGCAUACAAAAUGGAAAAGCAUACUGCCAAUUGGAAUAUGGAAGUGAAUGCCAUUAUUUGUGUAAAGAAGGCUUCAAGCUACAGGGUCCAGAAGCAGUGAAAUGCGUUGAUCAUGAUGGUGGAGUAGCUUGGGAACCUAAUGAAAAGCCCAGUUGUGUCGUUGACGGUUGUCCUAGAGAAAACGUAUUAAACUUUGCAAAUGGAAUGAUUUACUGUGUUGGCGCUGAGCAAGAUUAUUGGAUAGGCAGCACGUGUAUGUAUUCAUGCAACUUAGGAUACUAUCUCAAUGGAGAAAACAACACAGUGUGUCAAGCUUCAGCUACGUGGAGUCAUCCGAAACCAAAAUGCGAAGUUGUAGAAUGUAACGAGCCGCCCAGUGUCCGUGGUGGAAUGUUUAACUGCACGUCGACAUCGCCAGCGUAUCAAACGGCAUGUGAACUGACAUGCGAUGCGGGCUACAGACUGGUAGGCAAGACAACAAUCACUUGCAUGAUAAACGCUGUAUGGUCAGAUCACGGCUAUUGUGAAGAAUGUGGUGGAUGUAAAGAUGACCAUUCUUAUACUUAUCUACAAAAUGGGGAAGUUAACUGCCAGUUUGAUCCUACGGAUGGUCACCGUGGAUUGUGUAGCUACUACUGUCAUCGAGGCUAUGAAAUUCACGGACAGCACGUUGUAAACUAUCAUCUUGACUUAGGUUGGAAUGGCAGAAAACCACAAUGCUACCCAAUCAGAUGUCCCAAGUUUGAUGUUGUGAACGGAGAAGUCAUUUGUAGCUAUUCCAACUUUUUCAAAAGUCAAUGCCGUGUUGUAUGUCACCGUGGAUUUGAGUUGUCUAUCCCCAACAUCACACCACUAACAUGUGGAGAGGAACGCCAGUGGAGCGAAGCUAUUCCCAAGUGCAUCAGUAAGGUGUGUUCAAAAUCCUACACGUUACUGAUGAAUGGGCAGGUUCAGUGUGACGGAGAGGUUAAAAACACACAUGGAAGCGUAUGUUACUAUACGUGCAACCAAGGCUUUCAGCUGAUUGGAAAAGAUGAAAUUAAAUGUGUAGAGAACAGCGACGGUCGUGUGCAGUGGAGUGAGCUGGUCAAACCUAGAUGUAAAAAACAAGAAUUUUAA